AUGUUCUCAAAGGUAGACCUGAGGUUGGGAUACCACCAAUUAAGGGUGAAGGAAGGGGACAUUCCAAAUAUAGCAUUUUAUACUAGGUACGACCAUUAUGAAUUUUUGGUGAUAUCUGUUGGACUUACUAAUGCCCCUGUGACAUUUAUGGACCUCAUGAACAAAAACUUCAAGGACUACUUGGAUAAGUUCGUGAUAGUAUUCAUAAUAGACAUUCUAAUUUAUUCGCGAACUGAAGAGGAACACGAAGAACAUCUAAUAUUGACACUACAAAGGUUGAGGGAACAUCAACUAUACGCGAAAUUCAAGAAGUGUGAAUUUUGGAUAACUCAAGUGGAAUUCUUAGGACACAUUGUUGGUAAGGAUGGAAUUAAGGUGGACCUAGUAAAGAUUGAAGCCGUAAAAGAUUGGACACAACCAAAGAAUGCUUCGAAGGUGAGAAGUUUUCUUAGGUUGGCAGGGUAUUACCGAAAAUUCGUAGAAGGGUUUUCUAAACAUGCUACGCCUUUGACAGAACUGACCAGAAAGGGUAUCAAGUUCGUAUGGACUAGGGGUUGUGAACAGAGUUUUCAAGAGUUGAAAGAUAGACUUAUCACGACACCUGUAUUAAGUCUACCCACAGAUAAUGAGAAAUUUGUGGUAUAUUGUGAUGCGUCGAAGCAGGGACUAGGGUGCUUAUUGAUGCAAGUAGAAAAGGUGAUAGCAUAUGCAUCUAGGCAGUUGAAAUAA